ACGUUUGAAAAGAAAGUAUACAUUUUAGAAAAUACAUAUUCAAUUCAACAAAAUGGCCAACGGCGAUUGGAUGCUUUUGAUAUUUUGUGGCCUUUCAGUGCCCAUCUCCAUAUUCAUGUGGCUGGGCAACGUGGCAUUCUCGAAAUUCUGGAGCUAUGAUUAUGAAGAGCCACUGGUCAUAUCACCGACUCGAUGGCUAUUUUCGACGCUGGCACCGCUGGCCCUGAUGACUAUUGCGCUGCGGCGACGCUCCGUGAGCAAAUCUGGCGCCGCACUGGGCGUGGUGGUCGCCUUCACUCUGUCCAUAGCCAGUCAUCCGUUCUUUGCCAGCCUGGUGGUGUUCUUCUUCAGCUCGUCGCGUGCGACCAAGUUUCGGGCGCAGCUAAAACGCCGAUUCGAGGGCGACUUCAAGGAGGGCGAAGGACAACGCAAUUGGGUGCAGGUCCUAUGCAACGGCGGCAUGGCCACACAGCUGGCGUUGCUCUAUCUGAUCGACUGCGGCAGCGGUGAGCGGGCCAUUGAUUUCGCCAAGGAAUAUCGCUCCAGCUGGCUAAGCAUCGCCGUCAUGAGCUCAUUCGCCUGCUGCAACGGCGACACCUGGAGCAGCGAACUGGGCAGCGUGCUCUCCACACGCGACCCCAUCUCAAUCAUCAGCUGGCGUCGUGUGCCACGUGGCACCAAUGGAGGCAUCUCGCUUGUCGGCGUCGUGGUCAGCCUGCUGGGCGGCUUGCUCGUUGGCUUCGCCUACUUUGUCACAGUGCGCUACACCGUGGAGGCCAAAAUGCUGUUGGUCAGCCCACCGCAGUGGCCCAUCAUCCUGUUCGGCGGCAUCGCCGGCCUCUGUGGCUCGCUGCUGGACUCUGUGCUCGGCGGACUGCUGCAGUUCUCUGGCAUCAAUGAGAAGGGCAAGAUUGUGGAUGCGCCCGGCAAGGGCGUUCGUCACGUGAGCGGCCUACGCAUACUCGACAAUCACAGCGUGAAUCUCAUCUCCACGAUUGUCAUUGGCGUCACGAUGCCCUUGCUGGCCCUCAAAUUCUGGCCCGUGCGCUGAGCUCUCCCAGCGCAGCUCUCGCUCACAACGGAUUCCUAUUUUCGUACUGCUAGCUAGCUCUAAGCGAACUAGCUGACUUUUUUAUAUAUAUGUAAUGCAACCGAUAGACUCGAACACACAACGACUAGGGCAACAUUGUGACGGUUAUACUUAAGAGAAAUAAGGUCGCUCGAGGGAGUAACUGAGAAGAAAAUGUUCCAUAAUUUCUUCAUGUUUGUAAGAGGCCAAGGCUGAUAGAGAUAGUCUGCCUUGGGCUCAUCGAAUCAUCGAACAUAUCAGACAGCCUAAAGUAAUUUUUAUAUUUAUGUAUCUAGGCAUAACAGCUUCAAGCGUAUCACAGAUGCAAAACAUUUCAAAACAUACCUGACUCAAAGUUAACAAACUAAAACUAAAAUCGAACUCUAAAUUCUAAAGCAACGUUUUAUAUGCUUCACAUUAUCGUAGUUUAACUACCUUAAAUGACUUGUAUCCUCCUUUGUGCUAUUUUCAUUCUCAACUACCAACUGUGAGCUAGCCCACUGACAUUGUUAACUUCUGCAGAAAAUAUUUCAAUGGUUUUGUUGAUGCUGUAACUAACAUAGAAACGUUUAUUAA